CAUCCGCUCUAGCCGCUGCCCUUUCCUGUUAGCUAACACAGAGCUCUCAUCUCAUAUUCACACAUUCACUCACAUUCCGCUAACUAACGUUAUCUCUUUGAUAUAUUUACACAGUCUACAGUCUACUUCUUCCACCAGACAUAAAUAUGGCAGAGGCCAUUCAAAAGAAAUUGAAAGCGGAGGUGGAGAAAUACACACAGAUGCAGAAAGAUGUUAGCAAGAGCAUGUCAGCCAGACAGAAGCUGGAGACGCAGCUGACAGAGAACAACAUCGUCAAAGAGGAGCUGGAUCUGAUGGACAGCACAAACAUCGUGUAUAAACUUAUUGGCCCAGUAUUAGUGAAGCAAGACCUGGAUGAGGCCAAAGCCACAGUCACAAAAAGGCUGGAGUACAUCAACGGAGAGAUUCAAAGGUACGAGACGCUCCUGAAAGAGAUGGAAAAGAAAUCGGAACAGCACCGAGAAGUCUUGUCCAGUUUACAGCAGGAGUAUCAGAAAGCUCAGGGCCUGGCUGUCGGCAAAGUCUGACCAAGUGACCCAGCUGCAUGCUGACACACACACACACACACACACACACACAGAUAAAAGUAGAACGGGUUAGUCAUGAUAUAAUGUAGAACUUUAACAUGAGGCUGAGCAAAUUCUGCUCGUAUCUUGUCAUUUAUUUGUUAUUACAGUGACUUUUCCCUUGUUACUAAUAAACACGUUUUUUCAUGAAA